UAAUAAAGGAAAAGUUUGCUUACUUGCCUUACUAGUUCCUCCUAUAAAUAGGGUUACAAUCCACUUUACCAAACCCAAAUCAUAGGCCUUGAAAUAAAUCUAUAGCAGCAGUAUAAUGGGUAUAUUAGUAGAAGACCACCUUAUUUCUUACAGCAUUAAGGUCGUAGGGUCGGUUUUAGGUAUUUUUCUGGCCUCUAUUGUAGUGAACUUGCUUCACUCUCUCUUGUUGAAGCCAAAAUGGCAAGAGAGAUGGUUAAGGAAGCAAGGAAUCCUUGGUCCUCCUUACAAAUUAUGGCAUGGAGAUCGGGCAAAGAUGGCCAAAAGGAUGCAAAAAGCCAUUACUUCAAUGCCUAAGACACCUUCUCAUGAUAUAUUGCCUCGUCUUAAUCCUCUUGUCUAUCAGUCAGUGCAGGAAUAUGGUAAAAUGUUCUACAUAUGGAUGGGAACAGUGCCUCGAAUAGUGGUGUUGGAACCAAAGUUGAUUAGAGAGAUGUUAACGAAUAAAUCCGGAGAUUUUCAGAAACCAGAGAUUAAUGGUUUUACUAGACUCUUUGUUGCUGGUGUCUCUUCUUUGAAUGGAGAUAAAUGGGCCACGCAUAGGAAGUUGCUCAAUCCAGCCUUCCACUUGGAGAAGCUGAAGGAAAUGAUGCCAUCAGCUGCAAUGUGUGUAGAAGGGAUGAUUACGAAGUGGGAGGGAAUUUUGGGUGUCAAUGACUCGUGUGAAGUGGAUGUUUUCUCUGAGUUUCAAAAAUUAACAGCCGAUAUUAUAUCACAUGUUGCAUUUGGCAGCAGCUAUGAAGAAGGAAGCAAAGUCUUUCAACUCCUGAAUGAGCAAGGAAAGUUAAUUUCAAAAGUCUACUAUAUGGCCUCCUUUCCGUUCUUAAGGCAUUUGCCAACGAAAACAAAUGCUAGGAUGAAAUAUAUCAACAAAGAAGUGACAAGAACACUAAGAGGUAUAGUUGAAAAGCGUGAGAAAGCCAUCAAGAAUGGGAGCAGAGUCGAGGAUGAUUUGCUAAGUUUGAUGCUAGCGUCAAAUCUUAACUUCCAGCAAGAAAAAAUUGGGCUAACAUUGCAAGAGAUUAUCGAUGAGUGUAAGCUUUUUUACUUUGCUGGGCAUGAGACAACUGCAACUCUGCUCACUUGGACCAUUGUUUCAUUAAGCAUGCAUCAAGAUUGGCAAGAAAAGGCAAGAGAAGAAGUGUUCCAACUUGUUGGCCGUGAAACGAAACCUACUUUUGAUGACUUAAUCCGUCUCAAAACUGUGACAAUGGUUUUGCAAGAAUCAUUAAGGCUAUACCCACCGUCGAGCAUAGUCCGAACUACUGGUCGAAAAGGAGCAAAGUUGGGAGAUAAGCACCUACCUGGUGGUGCUCAUGUUUUCAUCCCAACACCAUAUCUUCACCGAGAUGAACAAGUGUGGGGGAGUGACGUGCUCGAGUUCAACCCUAGCAGGUUCUCAGAAGGGGUUUCAAAGGCAUCGAACAAAGAUUCAGCUCCAUAUUUCCCAUUUGGAUGGGGCCCGAGAGUUUGCAUUGGUCAAAACCUAGCCAUGCUAGAAGCUAAGAUGGCUUUAUGUGUGUUGCUUCAGCACUACUCCUUCGAGCUUUCACCUUCUUAUACUCAUAUUCCGUACUUUAUACUGACCCUCCAACCUUUGCGAGGGGCACAAGUUAUUAUUCGUAGGCUUUAGUUAAGAGGAUAUAGAUAACAAGCAAGCUUAGCCUUUUUUUUUUUUUUGUUAAACAACUUCUUAAUAAGUGUUGUGUCUUGUUAGUGAUGCUUUAUGUUGACAAAGUGUGUUGUUCUUGUGUCAGUCAUGAUAUUGUUGUAUUUCUAAAACUCAUUCUCCAGUUAUGAAGUCCGUUCAAUGUUUAUAUUCCA